UUGGAGAGGGAGGCCAGCACCGGCGGGUGGCUGCGGCUCUCCGCUCCGUGUGAACGCCCCGGCAGCGGGGCCGGGACAGCGGCGUCGUCACCGGUCCGUGCCCAAAGCGACCCCGACGGCGUCCCCGAAAGAGCCGGGGGUCCCCGGGGUGGCGGCUCCCCCUGCCCCGCCGCCCACUCUAAUCCGGUUAGAGGGGAUUAGCGCUGCGGUUUAAAGGCCGGGGCGGCACGGGGCAGGGGUGCCGGGCGCCUCGGAGAGGAGGCGGCCAGCAGCGGGGCAGCGCGGUGCGAGUGCGCCCGGGGGCGGGCAGGGGGCGGCCGAGCCACCGCUCGGGGGCUCCGGCCCCGCGCCGACCGCCAGCAGCCCUCCGUCCUCCGGCCGCGCUGCCGAGACGAUGCCGGCCAUCAACAUCGAGGACCUGAGCGAGAAGGACAAACUGAAAAUGGAAGUGGAGCAGCUCCGGAAAGAAGUGAAGCUGGAGAGGCAGCCGGUCUCCAAGUGCUCCGAAGAGAUCAAGAACUACAUCGAGGAGCGGUCGGGUGAGGACCCGCUGGUGAAGGGGGUUCCCGAGGACAAGAACCCCUUCAAGGAGAAGGGAGGCUGUGUCAUCGCUUAGGAAAACGAACCCAGCGCCUGCCUGCGGCGCAGACGCUCUCCUCGUACCCGUAGGGAGUCACUAGCGUGUCCCCACCGUCGCCGGUCCUUGUCGAACGAGCACAGGAGCGGAUUUCUCUCGUCUGUUUGUUUGGUUGGUUUUUUUUUUUUCUCCUUCCAGAAAUAAAGAAAGCAACCCGGAGGCAGCCGAGCCCCGGGCAGGGCCGGCUGUCCCUCUGCCUCCCCCGCGGCCGGGACGGCUCCCGCCGCGUCCGCUUUCGCCACCCGCUUGCCGGUUGCUUCACGGCUGUUCGUUGCCAUUAAAGAAUAAUCUUUCCUGUAAA